AAGCUAGAAGCUGUACAAAGUUUGCUCUGCUAAUACUGUCAAUUGAUAGCGUACGGUUUAUUGAGGAUCACUUUGAUAAACUAGCUUUACUUUCAGAACAUUUCAGUGUUUAUUGUAAGUUUAUUUGGAUUUUCUCAUCUAUAAGUGUACGCAAGUUUAACCAAAAAUGUUAUUUACCGUGCUCGGAGUAAUUGCUCUCUUUCUGAGAGAAAGAGACACCAACAACACUGAAGAAGAGGUCCGGAAUGAUGUACCACCUGUGAGGAACAGUGACGGUCGAGAAAUCGAUGACUGGUGUAAAGAGCCAUCACUGUUAGAGCCUGUCAGUGUUCACAGUGAGGAACCAUCGCUGGAGGAGCCUGUCAGUGUUCACAGUGAGGAACCAUCGCUGGUAGAGCCUGUCAGUGUUCACAGUGAGGAACCAUCGCUGGUAGAGCCUGUCAGUGUUCACAGUGAGGAACCAUCGCUGGUAGAGCCUGUCAGUGUUCACAGUGAGGAACCAUCGCUGGAGGAGCCUGUCAGUGUUCACAGUGAGGAACCAUCGCUGGUAGAGCCUGUCAGUGUUCACAGUGAGGAACCAUCGCUGGAGGAGCCUGUCAGUGUUCACAGUGAGGAACCAUCGCUGGAGGAGCCUGUCAGUGUUCACAGUGAGGAACCAUCGCUGGUAGAGCCUGUCAGUGUUCACAGUGAGGAACCAUCGCUGGUAGAGCCUGUCAGUGUUCACAGUGAGGAACCAUCGCUGGAGGAGCCUGUCAGUGUUCACAGUGAGGAACCAUCGCUGGAGGAGCCUGUCAGUGUUCACAGUGAGGAACCAUCGCUGGUAGAGCCUGUCAGUGUUCACAGUGAGGAACCAUCGCUGGUAGAGCCUGUCAGUGUUCACAGUGAGGAACCAUCGCUGGAGGAGCCUGUCAGUGUUCACAGUGAGGAACCAUCACUGGAGGAACCAUCACUGGAUCUCAGCUUCUUCUCUGCUGAGUCAAGCUGGAGUGAAGAUCUCUCUUCAAGCUUCUUAACUGUUGAGUCGAGCUGGAGUGAUGAUCUCUCUUCAGGCUUCUUAACUGCUGAGUCUGGCUGUGGUGAUGAUGAACCCCUGUUUGUUGACUCUGCUGAACCUGAGAAACUGAAGGAGGACAAAGAGACACAAAUCAUUGAGAUCAAUUCCCACUGCUAUGCAAUUGAAGCUCAGCUGGGUGAAGGAGGCUGUGGAGCCGUUUUCUCAGCCACUCGUUUAGAAGAUGGCCUUCAGGUGGCAGUAAAAUUGUCCGAUUUCGAGGAGGAGAAGCGAUUCAUCAGUGUUGAUGGGUUUGAAGAUCCACUUCCACUGGAGAUCGCUCUGCACUUUCUUGCCAAUAAAGGCCCCAAGGUUAAGGAAAUCAUCGAGCUUUUGGACUGGAAGGUGGAGGCUGAUAGGUACUUCAUGGUGCUGGAGCAGCCCAUACCCUGCAUGAGCUUGCAUGAAUUCCUUCUCGACUGCAAAGGCAUCAUUCCAGAGAACAAGCUACGAACAAUCAUGUACCAGACAACAGUUGCAGCCCAAACAUGCUGCCAGCGUGGAGUUCUUCAUCGUGAUAUCAAGCUGGAGAACUUGCUGAUUAACCCGGACACCCUUGAGGUCAAACUGAUUGACUUCGGGUGCGGCGAUCUUCUUACUGAGGACAGUUUCCAAUACUUUAGAGGCACCAGAGAGUACUUCCCUCCCGAGUUUUCGUCAACUGGAAGAUACCACGGGAUACCAGCGACAGUCUGGUCACUUGGAGUUGUUCUGUUUCUGCUAGUUUUCUACAGAUUUCCAGAACAAAGUGACUUGCCUAGAAUGAACAACAGAAGGUUGAGGAUUAAAGGCUUGUCAAGAGACUGCUGCGAUUUCUUCCACGGCUGUCUGCAGUUGGACCCAAAGGAUCGGCUUGAACUGCAUAACCUCAGUUCCCAUAAGUGGAUUAGGACGAGAACAAGGAGGAAUGAGGAGAACUGUCCUAAUUUAACGGAUGGAUCUAGUCAUUCCAAUCACCCCAUAACCUCCAAUUAAAUUCCUUGUAAAUAAAAAAAAGAAAUGAUAAAGCACUUAACAAUUUGGACCUUUAUAUAGUGUAUGUGCCUCUUCCUGCACUUUAACACCAGCUUUUGCACUAAUUCUUGCACUUUUACAUGCUAAAAUAAAAUGUAU